AGAGGCACACACUCAGCUCUCUUUGUGGAAAACUUUAUUUCUGUCAUCAUGUACAUGAAGCUGUUCUGCAUUUAACACAUUUGAGCAGAAGGAGCAGAGUGCAGCUGCAGAACAACUCAUUGAAGAGUAGUGGACUUAUUCAGACCUCCACAAGUGCUGACAUGUUACCAAAGACACGUCUGGGGAAGCGGUCUCCUUUCGGGGCUUUGGUGAUGCAAGCAGGUACACAAACAGGUGUCACCAUGGAAACAGCAGCAGGACAACAGUCUGCCAGUCAAGUCAAAAGUCCUCGUAUUCUGAAGGUGUAUUUUCAGUGUGGGGGAAGUGAGUCUUCAGGUGUGGAUCAGCUCGACCUCAGACAGAGUAAUGUUUCUGUCUGGUCUUCAUCUCACCCCUCCUCCUCCUCCUCCUCGGUGCCUCCGUCCUGCAUCAGAUCCGUCUCCUCCUACAUCAAUGUCCCCAGAAGGCGGAGAAGUCUAGAAGAGGUGGACAUGGAUGAGCUGAUGGCAGCGAUGGUCCUCAGCAGUUUGUCCUGUAGCCCCGCCCACCCAGACCCAACAGCUCCUCUGAUGGACUGUGGAGGUAGUGAACUCUCUGACAGCGGCAGCAGUGGCUACUGGAGCGUCGGCCUCUGCAAUGGAAGCCCAGCCGACUCUCCAUCCAUCGCACAGCCCGAUGUUGGCCCAUCCUCUCCCUCUGAUGAAGGUCUGGACAUGGAGCUAGAGCAAGUGCUGUUUAAUGAGCCAGCGCCACGGAAACGUCGGAACUCAGUGAAGAGGGCUUACAGGUGUUUGUGGCCGAGCUGUGGGAAGGUGUUGACCUCAGUGGUGGGAAUAAAACGACACAUCCGGACAACUCACCUGUGCCGAGGCAGCGAACACGAGCGUUGUUCCCGCAGCGAGGAGGACUUUUAUUACACUGAGGAGAACCAGUGGGACCAGCAGCACCAGUCUCCUCCUCAUCCUCUCCUCUUCGUCUCACCAAACUCCUCCUCCUCCUCACCUCCCAGCCCUCCCCCUCCCUCCCCUACGUCUCCCCCUCCUCCAGCCCACAGUCGCUCCGCCCCCUCCUCCUCCGAGAGCUUCAUGCAAGUCCAAUCAGAGCACUCCUACCAGGCUCCACCUCUCAGUCAUGUGACAUCAGCGGCAGUUUUGAACACCUGUCAUUGGACGGCCCCGCCCACCAGCAGCCUCAACCAGGUAAGUCCUUAA